AUGUCGCGCCUUAUUGUUAAGGGACUUCCUAAAUACUAUACUGAAGACAAUUUGAGGCAUCAUUUUGCCAAACAAGGUAAUGUGACAGAUGUCAAAUUAAUGAAAAAGAGAAAUGGUGAAUCAAGAAGAUUUGCAUUUAUUGGAUAUAAAUCUUUUGAAGAUGCUGAAAAGGCAGCUAGAUUUUUUAAUAAAUCGUUCAUAGAUACUGCUAGGAUAGACGUUGAAUUAGCGAAAACAUUCUCGGAUCCAAAUGUUCCACUUUCAUUCAAAGAAAAGAGAAGAAGGGAUGAAGAUAGAUUAAGACAACAAGAAGAGGAAUUAAUCGAACAAGAAAAUAGACAGAAUGCUAAGAAACAAAAGAUAGAUCAUAUUUCUGAGAUUGAUAAACAGAUCGAAAGUAAUCCGAAAUUGAGGGAAUAUAUGGAAGUUAUGAAACCUUCUCAUCAAGUGAAAUCUUGGGCCAAUGAUGCCAUCGCCGAUGGAUCUGGUGGACCAUCAGCUAAGGAAUUAGAAGAAGCUUUAAACAAACAAGAAAGUGGCGAAGCAGUUUCUAAGGUGGCUGGAUACGACGUCUUGCAAGCUGAAGAAAAUCCAAGUGAUGACGAAUACAAUGACUUCACUGCUCCUAAAGAUGAAGAAGAUGAAGAGGAAGAACAAAUGAUGAGUCUCCGAGACUUAGACGACAAAGCUCAUGACGGAGAGCAACCGGAAGAAAGCAUCGUAGCCGCAGACGAGAAUGUUUCUGAUUUAGAUUGGUUGAAAUCAAGGAGAAUUCGUAUAAAGGAAAAUGAAGAUGGUCAAACGGUAUCAGAGACUCCCUCACAAGAACCCGAAGAAUCUGCGAAGCAGAAACCAAGACGUCCAGAAGUGCCUUCCGAGGAAUACAAAAGUCCAGAAGAACAAACUAUUGAAAAAUUACAAGAAACAGGUAGAUUAUUUAUAAGAAACAUUUUAUACGAAGCGACCGAAGAUGACUUUAGGAACUUAUUUGAGAAAUAUGGUCCUCUUGAAGAGGUGCACAUUGCUAUAGAUACCCGAACAUCCAAAUCCAAGGGGUUCGUUUAUAUACAAUUCGCAAAUCCAAGUGAUGCAGUAAGAGCAUUUAAAUCUUUAGACAAGCAAAUUUUCCAAGGAAGAUUAUUACAUAUCUUAGCAGCAGACAAGAAGAAGGACCAUAGAUUGAGUGAAUUUGAUUUAAAGAAUUUGCCUUUGAAGAAGCAACGUGAUUUGAAGAAGAAAGCACAAGCAGCAAAGACUCAAUUCAGUUGGAAUUCUUUAUAUAUGAAUAGUGAUGCUGUUUUAGAAUCGGUUGCUGCCAAAUUAGGUAUCGCUAAGUCCAAAUUAAUCGAUCCUGAGAAUUCUAAUUCUGCUGUGAAGCAGGCAUUGGCUGAAGCACAUGUUAUUGGAGAUGUGAGAAAGUACUUUGAAGAUAGAGGGGUUGAUUUAACUAGUUUCGACAAAAAGGAAAGAGAUGAUAAAGUAAUUUUGGUCAAGAAUUUCCCUUUUGGUACUACAAUUGAUGAAAUUGGUGAAAUGUUCUCAGAAUAUGGAGAGUUGAAACGUAUGUUAAUGCCACCUGCUGGUACUAUUGCUAUUGUCGAAUUCCGUGAUGCUCCUAGUGCAAGAGCUGCAUUUACCAAGUUGGCAUAUAGAAGAUUCAAGACUAGUAUUUUGUAUUUGGAAAAGGGUCCAAAGGACUUGUUCACUAGGGAACCAACAGCCAACGAAAAUGUUGUAAUUUCUGAAGAAGAACAACAAAAACCCGCAGUCGAGGCCAAGGUAACAGCAAAUGAAAUCUUGGGAGGAGAAGGUACUAAAGCAGAAGAAGAAGCUAAUGUGAUUGAAGGCCCAACUGUUUCAAUUUUCGUCAAGAAUUUGAAUUUCUCCACAACCGCAAAUGCAUUAUCAGAAUUGUUUAAACCAUUGAGUGGAUUUGUUAUUGCAACUGUCAAGACUAAACCAGAUAUUAAGAAGCCAGGAAACACAUUGAGUAUGGGUUUCGGAUUCGUUGAAUUCAGAACAAAGGAGCAAGCAUCCGUAGCCAUUUCAACCUUAGAUGGUCAUGUUUUGGAUGGUCAUAAAUUACAAUUGAAAUUAUCCCAUAAACAAGGUGGUUCUACUUCCGCUAGUAAGAUCAAGAAAUCCAACAAAUCAAGUAAACUUAUUAUUAAGAACUUGCCAUUUGAAGCUACCAGAAAGGAUCUUUUGGAAUUAUUUGGUGCUUUUGGUCAAUUGAAAUCAGUAAGAGUACCAAAGAAAUUCGAUCUGAGUGCUCGUGGUUUUGCAUUUGUGGAAUUCAAUUUAGCAAAAGAAGCAGAAAAUGCUAUGACUCAAUUAGAAGGGGUCCAUUUACUUGGAAGAAGACUUGUAAUGCAAUAUGCUGAACAAGAAUCCGAAGAUGCCGAAGUUGAAAUUGAAAAGAUGACAAAGAAGGUUAAGAAACAAGUUGCAACUCAAAAUUUGGCAGCUGCUAGAUUGGCUGGUAAAGGGAAGAUUCAAUUAGAAGAUGAAAAGGAUGAGUUUAAUGAUUUCUAG